UGAUACGUUGUUCUUGUUGUAAUGCUAAUAUAUCUUGUGUAUAUUCUUUUUUAUAUAAUCCAAUUUUGUUAAUACGAGAUAUACAAAUAAUGUGCAUGUAUAAGAAUUGGUUGGAUAAUAUAACAAAAUAAAUUUGACUAACACCACCGGCGAUAUACCAUGCUGGCCCAUCUCCUCCAAAAACUAAAUGGCCACAAACCACCCACCGCCGCCGCCGCCGCUACCACCGUCCUCCUCCGCCGUAAAACCACGUCAGCUGAAUACGUAUCCUCAAGAAACCGAGACCCCACUUUCGAAAAACUCAUGGACAAGUACAAAAACCUCUUCAAAGUCAUCGCUAUUCAAGACCUCAUCCUCGGCGCAACCACCAACGCCGCCGUACCCGCCGGCGUCUCCGUCGACUUCCUCAACCGUCUAUCCCAGCGCCUCCAUCUCAACCGAGGCGCCACCCAUUUCCUCCGUAAGUACCCCCACAUCUUCCACAUUUUCCAUCACCCUACUAAAUUACAACCUUAUUGUACACUUACCGAAAAUGCCCUCAAAAUCAGCCGACAAGAAGCUACAGCUAUUAAUGAUACUUUACCAGUUGUAGUGAACCGCUUGGUGCGUUUGUUGUCUAUUUCAGUGACUAAGACAUUGCCCCUUAGAGCCAUUUUUAAGGUUUUUAGGGAACUUGGGUUGCCUGAUGAUUUUGAGGAUAGUGUAAUCUUGAAAAAAUCGGAUCUUUUUGCACUUGUUGAUAGCGGGAAUGAACCAAACACCCAUUCGUUGAAAUUUGCUGGUGAUAAUAUACCAAAGGGGGAGUUAGUUGCUGCUGUUGAUAAUUGGAGGGUAUUGGAAUGUUGUAAAGAGGAUAUUGGGGUUGAUAGGAAUGAAAUUUUGUAUAGUUUUAAGCAUAGUUAUCCACCAGGGAUGAAGUUGAGGAGGAGUUUUAAGGCAAAGGUUAAAGAAUGGCAACAGUUGAAGUACGUGGGGCCGUAUGAGGAAGUGGAGAUUGGAGAGAAGAGGAAAAAUAAGAUUGGGAUGAUGGAGAUGGAGAAGAGAGCUGUUGGUAUUGUGCACGAGUUUUUGAGUUUGACAGUUGAGAAAAUGGUUGAGGUAGAGAAGAUUAGUCAUUUUAGGAAGUGGUUUGGGAUUGAUUUGAAUAUAAGGGACUUGUUUUUGGAUCAUCCUGGGAUAUUUUAUUUAUCAACGAAAGGGUAUAGGCAUACAGUUUUUUUGAGGGAGGCUUAUGAAAGGGGAUGCUUGAUUGAACCAAAUCCGGUGUAUGAGGCUAGGAGGAAGCUUCUUGACCUAGUUAUUUUGGGACGACGAGGGUUGUCUAGAGGUCAUCCUGAGCCAAGAGGUGUUAGCCAGGGGGAAGAUGGUUUCACGGAGGAGGUGAAGACUGAUUCAGAUGAAGAUUGAAUUACCGAGACCUUGCAUCCAUACCACAAAUGCAGGAUGCUUUGCAAUUGCUAAAGGCCCUGAUGGAAAGGAUCAUACAAGUCAAGAGGAUUGAGCAAACUUUUAGCAAUAUAAAAUGGAGGGAGAUGUGUAACAUCCACAUUGGCAAAGACCAUCGUCAGCGACCAUGAAUUUUCCACCAAUUUGCAAAGAGAUCUGCAUCUGAGGAAAAGGCCGAGUCUCCUUUUCCAGUUGUAACAAUGCUGCAAGGCGUGCUGCUUUGUGACGGAUGACCUGUGCAAGUGAAUGUGCGACUCUGUUUGGUCAUCGCAAACCUACUUAGCCAAUGUAGAUACCAGUUCCACUUGUAACUUCUAGAAGUUGUGAAGGUGGGAAAGCUAGUGAAGGGGAUCUGAGCAUUCAGUAUAUCGUUUGGGUAAAGGAAGUCAUCCUGCAUGAUUUGGGGUUGUGUUUAAAUUGGAGAUGGGAGAAGUGUCAUUGAGUAUCUCAGUUUGCUCACAAAUAAUCAGGUUGGUUAGAUGUUAUUCCGGCAGGUUGUGUUGUACUUCACUCACAAAUCCCACAAAAUUCCAGCAGAGACACAAAACUUUAGUUGUUUUGGUACAUCUACAUAAGUGUUGUUGGAUAAGAAUUACCCCGGUCUCCUUGCUGGCGGAGGUAGCAGGUACCAAGUGAAAUAGUCGAGAUGCAAUUUGGACACCACAUUUAUUAAAAGGGGAACUCUUGUGGGUCCUUCAUCUGUCUUUAUGUAUGAGUUGAGUCGGACGAGUGAGUUGAAAGCAGAUAUUAGUUGAAGACGAAUGUAAGUUAGAAAUUUCGGAAUUUGAUUUGGAAGAAUGCACCA